GCGGUACUUCCUGGUGGAAGACUGUGUGUUAUGUAGCUGUACCGAAAUGUGAGUUGUUAUUGAGGGCAUAUCUUCUUAUUAGUUUGCAGUAAUUUUGUAGCUCAUGCCAAAGAGACCGUGUUUAAACGCAAAUACAGUGAGGACGCUGUAGUCGGACUUUAAACCGGGAAAGGUUUAAUUCAGUAGAAGAUCUAUAAACAGUAUUUUUGGAUUGGUAGGACAAUGCAGAGCUUCACAGCGAUAAGGUCGUUUGUUUUCCAGUAUCCUAAAACUAUUGCUGUGGUCACAAUAACAGGAGUGGGACUUUUUGGUGUGAAGAAAUGGAUGGCAGGUGGAGUGUGUCUCAGCAAAGCCCCCUUGGAUGGGAAGACCGUCUUGAUCACUGGAGGCAACACUGGGAUUGGCAAAGAAACCGCUGUUGACCUGGCUAGAAGGGGCGCAAGGGUCAUUCUGGCCUGUAGAGACAUGGACAGAGCCAAUGAUGCUGCAGAGGAUGUGAGGAAGAGGAGUGGAAAUGACAAUGUUAUUGUCAAAAAGUUGGACUUGGCUUCUCUACAGUCAGUACGACAACUAGCCAAAGACGUCCUAGCAAGUGAAGAGAGGCUGGAUGUUCUCAUCAAUAAUGCGGGUGUUAUGAGCUGUCCAAAAUGGCAGACUGAAGAUGGCUUUGAAAUGCAGUUUGGCGUGAAUCACCUGGGCCACUUCCUUUUAACAAACUGCCUGCUGGAUCUCCUGAAGAAGUCGGCUCCGAGCCGCAUCGUCAACGUCUCCAGUUUAGCUCAUGAAAGAGGUCAGAUCUAUUUUGAUGACAUACACCAGGAGAAAGAUUACCGCCCUUGGAAAAGCUAUGCGCAAAGUAAACUAGCUAAUGUCCUCUUUACGAGGGAGCUGGCUAACAGGCUACAAGGUACCGGAGUAACAACAUACAGCCUCCACCCUGGGAUAAUCCGGACUGAGCUCGGACGACACUUAUGGCCCACGAUGCCCCUGUGGAAGAGAGUUGUAUAUACACCUCUCAUGUUCCUCAUCAAGUCUCCAACAGAAGGGGCUCAGACCACCAUCUACUGCGCUGUGGAGGAAAGCCUGCAGAAUGAAAGUGGACUCUACUACAGCGACUGCGCCCCUAAAACAGCGGCCCCUCAGGGUCAAGAUGAUGAGGCUGCCAGGAAGCUGUGGGACCUGAGUGCCUCUGUGGUUGGUCUGACAUAAUCACAGUGACAUUGAUGAUGAUCGUCAUCAUCAUCACAGUACCAAUGGACUGCCAGGUGGCCUGAGGAAGGACUGGUGCUCUUUCUAAUGAGCAUCUGUGCGGCAACUAUCAGCUGAGCUCCUACUUAAUGUGACAAAUGAGUAAACAAACAGAAAACACAAGAAAUUCACAAGUGAUAGACAUUAAUUCAGAAUAUACAACAAACUAUUUGCAAAAAUACUAUGGAUUAAGUUAUGUGUUUUCUUAAACAGAAGCAGUGCUUCACAGGUAAGUUACAUGGAAGCUGUAUGAUCUUUAGUUUUUGAUUGCCAUUAGCGUGAAAUGACAUUUUAAUUGAUAAGUUUCACCUGUGUCUGUGUUGACUAAGGGCUCGAAUGUCAUUCAAUGUUACUUGAAUUCAUCACAUAAGAAUUACAUGUGCUUUGAAAGUUUUUGUUAAUGCUGUCAAUAGCAAUAACAGUUUUUUCCUCCUGGGCAAUAAAGUGCUGUUAUACGUA